AUGCGUUACGCAGCUGCCUACCUUCUCUCACUCAUCGGUGGCAAUCCAUCUCCCUCUCUCCAGUCAAUUUCAACAAUUCUCAGCUCAGUUGGUAUUGUAUGUGAUGAACAGAAAGCAUACAAUGUUAUUCAAGCAUGUCAAGGAAAGAAUGUGAAUGAAAUUAUUGAACAAGGUUUAGUUAAACUUGAAAGCAUGUCAACGGUGACUACAGGUGUUGCUGUGCCAUUGCUACCUGGACCAUACUUACCGCCAGUUUCUCCUCCUAUCAGCAGACAAAGUUCAGUUUCAAGCACUGGAUCUGGCGUGGGCGAUUUAUUUGGUGAUGGAUGA